GGGAAAAGCUUCAAUCAGAGCUCACAGCUUAUCAAACAUAGGAAAAUCCACAUGGGUGAGAAACCUUAUGGAUGCUCUAAGUGUGGGAAAUGUUUCUUUAAUCGUUCAGGUCUCAUCUUACAUCAGAGAAUCCACACAGGGACAGGCCCUACAAAUGCAUGGCCCUACGAAUGCAGUGAGUGUGGGAAAACCUUCACCAGCAGCUCAGACCUUUCUAAACAUCAGAGAAUUCACACAGGGAAGAGGCCCUAUGAAUGCCGUGAGUGUGGGAAAAGCUUCACUCAAAGAUCAGACCUUUUUACCCAUCAGAGAAUCCACACGGGGGAGAGGCCCUACGAAUGCCGUGAGUGUGGGAAAAACUUCACUAGCAGCUCAGCCCUUUCUAAACAUCAGAGAAUCCACACGGGGGAAAGGCCCUAUGAAUGCUGUGAGUGUGGGAAAAGCUUCACUAGCAGCUCAGCUCUUUCUGUUCAUCAGAGAAUCCACACGGGGGAAAGGCCCUAUGAAUGCUGUGAGUGUGGGAAAAGCUUCAAUCGCAGAUCAGCCCUUUCUGUUCAUCAGAGAAUCCACACGGGGGAAAGGCCCUAUGAAUGCUGUGAGUGUGGGAAAAGCUUCAAUCGCAGAUCAGCCCUUUCUGUUCAUCAGAGAAUCCACACAGGGGAGAGGCCCUACGAAUGCCAACUCUCCAAU